AUGGCUGACAUAUUUCCUACCGGCUAUUUUGCUGCCAAGAAUGCGUGGACAUUGCUCAGCGACCAGGAACGUCAAGAUCCCAAUCUAACCGUGGUUGUCAUCGGAUGUGGACCUGUUGGUUUGUGUGCUAUCACUGCGGCUUGCGAUCGCUUUCCAAUCGUAUAUGCAAUAGACAGCGUUCAAGAACGUCUCGAGGAAGCCAAGAAACAUGGUGCUAUUCCAAUCAAUCUCAAUAAUGAUCCUGUAAGUGCCAUCAAGAAGGUAACGGAAGGUCGAGGAGCUGAUGCUAUUUUGGAAGCGGUUGGACAUGCUGAUGCUUUGCAAUUGGCCUACGAUCUCAUUCGUCCGUGGGGUGUUAUCGCAUCUGUUGGGGUGCAGCAAGAUGCUUUUCCAUUUAGUGGACCUCAAGCUUAUGACAAGAAUAUACGUUUGCAAUUUGGACGAUGUCCAGUUCGAGCUUUGUUUCCCGAAGCACUACAACUAUUUUCAGAAAAGCAAGAUCAAUUCAAAACCUUUGUAUCUCAUCGUAUGAGUUUGUCGGACGCUGCCAAAGCUUAUGAAUUGUUCGACAAGCGAUUAGCACGAAAAGUCAUGUUUGAUUUACGAACAUAA